GGCGGGCGGAGCCGGGCAUUGCCUCAGCGGCGCGGGCGAGCUGGUGUCGUGGCCGAGGCUGGGCUCGGCUCCCGCUUCCCUCAGUCUCGCCCGGAGGAACUCCCGCCGUCUCACGACCGCCGGCCGCUCCUCCCUCCCUCUCUCCGCGCGUCGGGCCGGGUCCGUGAGGGGAAAAGGCCUAACUCCCCUCAGGCGCCUGAGGAGAAGAAGGCCUGAGGCGGCGCUGCCCGUCCUCCUCCUCCUCUUCCUCCUCCUCUUCUUCCCCCCCCAUCCGAGAGUCAGCUGGGGAGACCCGGCGGCGGCGGCGGCGGCGGCUCCUUCUCUCCUCCUCCCGCUCCUCCUCCUCCUCCGGCAGCGGUGUAUUACCACCAUCCCCAUCAUGUCGGCGGGCGGGGAUUUCGGCAACCCGCUGCGGAAAUUCAAGCUGGUCUUCCUCGGCGAGCAAAGCGUUGGGAAGACUUCCUUGAUCACCAGAUUCAUGUAUGACAGCUUUGACAACACCUACCAGGCAACAAUCGGCAUUGACUUCUUAUCAAAAACUAUGUACCUGGAAGAUCGCACAAUCAGGUUGCAGCUCUGGGACACUGCGGGCCAGGAACGUUUCCGUAGCCUCAUUCCCAGUUACAUCCGCGACUCUGCCGCCGCUGUAGUAGUGUACGAUAUUACAAAUGUAAACUCAUUCCAGCAAACCACAAAAUGGAUCGAUGAUGUCAGAACGGAAAGGGGUAGUGAUGUCAUCAUAAUGCUUGUAGGAAACAAAACAGAUCUAGCAGACAAGAGACAAGUAUCUAUUGAGGAAGGGGAAAGGAAAGCCAAAGAGCUGAAUGUGAUGUUCAUCGAAACUAGCGCAAAGGCCGGAUACAACGUAAAACAACUUUUCCGACGUGUGGCAGCUGCUUUGCCUGGCAUGGAGAGCACGCAGGAGAAAAGCAGAGAAGAUAUGAUCGACAUCAAACUUGAAAAGCCUCAAGAGCAGCCAGUCAGUGAAGGAGGCUGCUCCUGCUAAUAGUGUGUGGGGUGUUUUCCCCCCCUUCCUUCCUUCCUCAAACCAUCACUCGCUUCUCCUUCCUUCCUUCCUUCCUUCCUUCCUUCCUUCCUUCCUUCCUUCCUUCCUUCCUUCCUUCCCUGGGACCGCAUCCACAGCCGUGUGACGAUUGCCUUGCCUCUUCCUUCCCUCCUCUCUCCUCCACCACUUCACCCCAGCACGGAUCCUCAUCAUCAUCGCUGCCUGUCUCGUGAAGAUGAUCUGUUUAGCUUCACAAGCACAAAACAAAACGAAAGAAAGAAAAGUCGGUGUCUCCAUUGCAUAGAGAAGGAAAAGGGUUGCCAGAGCCCAAACCACCCUGCCCCGUCAUUUCCACUAGUUCUAGAAAGUUGAGUACGACUUUUGUUUAAGGUCUGUUCCUUAUUUUUCUUUUUCUUUUACAAAGAAAAUUAAAACAUUGCACUUGUCAAACGGAGGGAAAGUGGGAGGGGGAGAAUAAGGAUAUGGCGCCUGUUUUUUUUUUGCCGGCGAGAGACGCGUCGCAGGGUAGAAGACACCGUCGCAGGCCGCGUAGAGCGUGAGCAGAAGAGCAAAAAAAAAGCCCGAGAGAGCCUGCACUGCCUUUUCAGUCCAACUUUUUGCUUUUGGGUAAAGCAAAAACUCAAAAGCUGGCUUGUUAAGCCGUGCUUUCCGUCGCGGUGUUCACGCCGUUCUUUUGUAGCGCGAACAAACCAGCAUCGGCUGGCAAGAUGAUUUCCCCCCCCCCUUUAAGGUGCACGGUUCCAGAAUCUUAUGCGUGACCCCCACCAAAGGGCUUAAAAAAAAACCUCUCUUACUUCCUGGGAGAAGCCCCCCCCCCCCCCAAUUAAACUGCCUCGCAGUGCAGUCUCUGUCUGGUUGGUUUUUGCAUUUUCUGCUUUCAGAUCGGGCCCUUUGGGGGGGCGGGGGGGGGGCUUUGAAAACAGGUUCGGCCUGUUUUAAGAGAAACGAUUGAAGGGAAAUCCCUUUCGAAAAUGGGAGGCAUGUACACUACGACCAAGUUCUCCGUCAAGUGAGGAAGGAGGACCAGGAUAAAUGAAGCUGUUGGGACAGCUCAAGGCUCAACUGGAGGCAGGGAGAGUUAUAAAAGUCCCUUUUAAAAGGAUGAUUAAAAGGGAAGGGGGGUGCAUAAGAUGGAAACAAAACUAAUUAUGCAGGCUGUUGCCUUUACUUUCAGAAUUAUUAUUGUUUUCAUUUUUUACAUUCGGUCUCGAGUCUAUGUACGUACUACAUAAUUCAGUUUGUUUAGUAUUAUGUUUAACUUAACUACCAUUAACGGUGAUUUCCUUCCAUAUUUAUUUUCUCUGCUUUAAAUUUGUUUAACAUUCAAGGCUUUCUUUUUUCUUUCUUUUUCAUUCAUUCUUUCUUUCUCUGUCUGUCUGUCUGUCUCUAUUGAUUAAUCCAUUUAAAGCUUUGGGAAUGUUGCAAGAUUCCGCAAUUCAUUUCGGAAACAGUACAUGCAUUCUGUCUCAUGUACACACACACACACACAAACACCAACACACAGACACACACGACACACCCACGCUACAGAAGUGCACUCUUAAUAGUACUAGUCAUUGUGAAGUUGCUACGUAAGUUAACACAAUUGUAAAUACAUUGUUUGCCAGGAGAGUUUGUAGAGCGGAGAGAAGUUGGGGGCGGGGGGGGGCAAUGUGGGAAAAGCUUUUUUUUUGUCACAAGGGCUGUUCUUUUUUUUUUCUUUUUUUUCUUUUUUGAAGGCAGCCCAGCUUGGUUCAGAGACCUCAACGCAAAGUAUCCCCCCCCACCCAAAAAACCCCCCUCCUUUUGCAUUGUGGAGUCAGAAUGGCAAAUCCAUCACUUUGACUUGAGUUUCUAGUAACUUUGCAUAAUCUCACGUUAAAAGGGCAGAUUGACAUAAAUGCUUUUCAUGCAAUAUUGAAGAGGUGAUUUUUUUUUCCUUUUUUUUUUUUUUCCUUUCAAAGUAGCAUGUCUAGAAAUAAAUGUUUAAACUAUGGCAACCAACGGCGAACUUAAAAUCCCGAAAAGAAACUCAAAAGAGACUGGGCUGUUCUUUUCUUCCUCCUCCUCUUCUUCUUCCUUGUAUCGUUGUUAUUCUACGUGUGCGGAAACUUAAAACAAAGAAUCCCAUCUCGCUGCUUUUGAAUAACUGAGUUUUCUGUGGUUUGGGUUCUUCGAGCAAUUAAAUGUGUACACGGGUUGGAUUUUUUAAAACAUGCACAGAAUUUUUUGCUUCCAAUAAAGUAUCUAAUCAAAA